UGAAGUUGUAACGGUUUUUCUAAUGAUUAUUGUAUACCUUCAGAUAUAUGAAUUUCUAAUAUAAAAAAUUAAUGACUGUGCCAAAACUGUGAAAUAUUUGUUUUUGUUCUUAUCACAAUAAAAAGUGUAUAUAAAAUUUAGUAUGAAUCCUGGUCGAAAUAGAAUGCAGAACAAAAACAGCAGGCAGAAAAAUGGACCAAAAGAAUCAAUGGAGGUCUGUUGUAGAGUUAGACCAGUGCCUAGUCAAAAUACUGAAUUGUGUUUGAAAGUUGAACCGCCUUCUACUGUCAUCUUGGCUCCACCGCCUUCUUACAUAAAUCUUAGAAAUGCACCUACUAAAGAAAUGCAUUAUACUUUUAAAAAAGUAUUUCAAGAACAAAUCAGUCAGAAAGAAGUAUUUGAGUCAGUUGCCCUGCCUUUAAUAGAAAAUCUAUUAAAUGCAAAAAAUAGUUUGCUUUUUACCUAUGGAGUUACUGGCAGUGGAAAAACUCAUACUAUGAUUGGUUCUGGAAAGGAUGGUGGUAUUAUGCCACGAUGUAUUGAUACAAUUUUUAACAGUAUCGGCAUGUACAAAACUAACAAAUAUGUAUUUAAGCCUGAUAAAUUAAAUGGUUUUGACAUACAGAGUGAAAGUGAGGCUAUAAUUGAAAUGCAGCAAGAAAUUAUUUGUCAAACGCCUGCUAAAAUCAAGAAUCCCAAACUGGAAAGGAAUAAUUCUGACCAAGAUUUGUUUAAAAGGAUUCCUACGGAAACAAAGAUCACUAAUAUUGAUAUUGAUAAUGCAUAUGCUGUAUUUGUAACAUUCGUUGAAAUAUACAAUAAUAGUGUUUAUGAUCUACUUGAAGAAUGCCCUGAUGAUGGGUUUCGUCAAAGAGGUCCACAAGUUAAAAUUAUUCGAGAAGAUGCAGACCACAACAUGUUUGUUCAUGGUGUGAAUGAAGUUGAAGUUUCUUCAGCUGAUGAAGCAUUUGAGGCGUUUUAUAAGGGGCAAAAAAGGAGGAGAAUAGCUCAUACCACCCUUAAUGCUGAAUCAAGCCGAGCUCAUACCAUAUUUACUAUUCGAGUCGUGCAAGCUCCCGUUGAUCAGCAGGGACAAAGUAUUGUUCAAGAUAAAAAAUAUUUACAAAUUGGCCAGUUAUCACUUGUUGAUUUGGCAGGUAGUGAACGGACUAACAGGACUAAGAACACUGGGCAGAGACUUAGAGAAGCUGGUAAUAUCAAUAAUUCUUUGAUGACCUUGAGGAACUGUUUAGAAUUACUCCGUGAAAAUCAAAAAGGUGCGAAUAAAAUGAUUCCUUACAGGGACUCAAGACUAACUCACUUAUUUAAAACAUAUUUUGAAGGUGAGGGCCAAGUUUGUAUGAUAGUUUGUGUGAACCCACAAGGUGAUGAUUAUGACGAAAACCUGCAAGUAAUGAAAUUUGCCGAAAUAAGCCAAGAGGUGCAAAUAGCAUUUCCUCCGACGACACCUAGAGUUAAUCAUGGUUUUACUCCUGGAAGAAGAAGGGCUAAUAAUGCAUUAAAGAAAUUUGAAAUAGAAUAUGAUAAAGAAAAUCAAGAGAUUCCUCCUUCGGGCAAUGGGCUUCACAAAAAACCUGUUGAAAUUUUUGCAGAUAUACCUUCAUUGCGUUAUGUCUCUAUGGAUGAUGAUUUAUCUGUCAAGAAAGCGAAAGAAUUUCUUGAAAAUCAAUUGCAGUUAUAUAAUAGCGUGACUGGAAAUAUUAGAGAAAGGUAUCAUGAUUUUCGAGAAAUGAUUUUGAAGACAGAAAGGACAGCUUUUACAGCAUCUCAAGAAAUUGAAUCAAUAAAAUCUUUAUAUGAAAGAGAAAAAGAGAGGAACUCUGACCUUGAAUCAAGAGUUAAGAACUCUGAUUCUCAAAUGUGUUCUUUAAAGAGAAAAAUUGAUGAAUAUGAAUUAAAUGUGAAACGGCUAAAGAGAGAGCUCUCAGAAAAGGAUAUGCAUAUUCAUAAAACUAAGAUAAAUACAGAAAAGGUGAAAGAACAAUAUAACAGCAAAAUCGCUCAAACUCAAGAAAAGUUGAAAACUGAAAUAGAAAGAAGACUUCGGAGUCAGAAAUCAGCCAUGGAGUUUGAGGCAAGGAGUAGAGAUAGGAAACUAAGAGAAGCAAAGCGUGUUUUGUCUGAUGAAGCCCUUCGAUCUAUUCCUUCAACACCUUCGGCUGCAAUGGAGCGGUCUAAGUAUACGGUAUCUACACCUUCAGUAAGACCACCAUCUCCAAAUUUUAGAUCUACUGGAAGGAAGUUAGUGAACGCUAGGAGAGCUCGUCGUUCUCGCUCAUUGGAAACAUGGCUUGAGCACCGUCCACCAGCACCACUACCUUUGGCUACAAUUCUUCAGCCUGUUUUGACAAAAAGAAAAUCAGUUAGCAAAUUGACCGAUGCCAAGGACAUGGUUUCAGGUGGAGUUGAUAAGUAUUGUCUUGUAACACAAGGUCAAGACUCUGACGGAGAUCUUGAAGCACGGAUUUAUAAGGGUGAUGUUUUACCAACAACUGGAGGAGGAGUCCAGGUAAAGUUCAGCGACGUUGAAAUUUUAAAACAAAAAUCCCCAUCAUCAUCACCGACGAGGAGAAAUCAUAAUUUAGCCAACAAUGCUCAAAAUGGUUGUUCCGUUGCCAUCGAAGGUCACGGCUUUAGACGUUAAAAAAAUGUCUUUUGAACUGUAAUUUUUAUUGUAUAUUUUUGUUUUAUAAUCUGGAGAACUUGAUUAUUUUAUAUUUCCUCGGGCUCUGUGAUAACAUAUUAGUAACUUAUUGUAUUAUUUUAUUUUAAAUUAUUGGUUUUAAUGAUUUGUAUUUUUAACUUGCUGUUUUUUUUUUUUUUUUUUUACCAGGCAAUGAUGGAUUUUAAAGUAUAUUUAAUAGAACCAAAAAUUUAUUGUCAUUGAAAAUUGUUAUGAUUUUAAUUUCAGUGGUGGUAGGAUUUAUUAAUUUUAAUUUAAUAACAAAAUAAAUUAAUUUUUAUCCAUUAUUAUCUAUGUAAUAACUUAUUAUGAAUUAACUAAGUUUUGUGAUAAAUAUAGUAAAGGAAUUUGUAUAUUAAUUUUUUUUUUUUUUUUUAAUAUUUGUAACAUCAUCGAUCUUUGAAUUAUUUAUUUUUAAAAAAUUGUCAUUUCCUUACCUCAAAGAGAGGCAAGCAAAUUACGAGCACAAUAAAUACAAUCAUGAGCUAAGUAUUAAUGAUUAAUUAACACCCAGCUGUUAAACUUAGAUUUUAAAAAACUACAAAUUUAUUUUUUAUAUUAAUAUAUCCAUCACUCUCAUGAAGCCAUUUGUAUUUUUCCGACAGCAGACUCUUUCCACAUUUUCUUUUAACUUUCAUUCUUAUUUUUAGAUAUUGAUAGUUACUUAUUAAUUCUGUAAUAAAUGGAAAACAUAUAUAUAUAUAUAUGCAAU